AUGAAUGUGUUCCUAAAAACUCCGAACGGGGCCUUCUUCGAAGGUGUAGUCUGGCCAGACGUGACUAUGUUCCCAGACUGGUACCACCCUAAUGCCACUGCCUUUUGGAUCGAGCAAUUCGUGGAUAAUUUCGAUCCCGAGUCGGGUAUAGAUAUUGAUGGAAUCUGGAUCGACAUAAAUGAGCCAGCCAGCAUGUGCAAAUUUCCAUGCGAGGACCCCCUGGCUGAAGCCAGGCGGCUCGGUAUGCCUCCUGAGCCACCACCAUUGAGAGAGCCCCCUCGGUCACUACCAAAUUUUACCACAUCCAGUCCAAAUCCCGACUCAGUCUUUGAAAGUCAGGCCCAGUGGCUCGUUCAACUCCUUGAGGUUUCUCAGAAUUAUCAACGACAGCACAAGCUUGGUACCCGAGGUCCCACGUAUCCGGAAGCUGACAACCACUUGCUACACCCACCUUAUAACAUUAGCAAUGGAGGACCAUCUGGUCAGUUAAGUGACCUGACCGUACCAACAAAUGUACGGCACGCGAACGGGCUGCUUGAAUACGACAUCCACAACCUUUAUGGAAUGAUGAUGAGCAUGGCUACUCACCAAGCUAUGCUGCACAGGCGACCACUAUUGAGGCCGUUCAUCAUCACCCGCAGUACGUUUGCCGGUGUCGGUAGAUACGUCCAGAAGUGGCUUGGAGACAACGCAUCUAGAUGGGAUCACUACCGUUCCUCUAUUGCAGGAAUGUUGGGAUUCGCCGCGAUAUUCCAGAUCCCCAUGGUCGGAAGCGACGUCUGUGGCUUCGAACUGACACCCACCCCCGAACUCUGUGCUCAUUGGACGACUCUCGGCGCGUUUAUCCCCUUUUUCCGUAACCACGCACAUGAUGAAGCUCCACCGCAGGAGUUCUACCUCUGGCCACUCGUCACCUCGGCUGCGAAGCAUGCGAUCUCACUGCGGUAUCGCUUACUGGACUACCUCUACAGAGCACUAUACGCGCAGUCCCUAGAUAGCACACCCGCGAUCAACCCCAUGUGGUAUCUCUACCCUUCAGACCCCAACACAUUUGCCAUCGACCUCAUGACCGAUGAGAACGCGACGGACGUACACAUCUAUCUCCCCGAUGACGUCUUCUACGACCUAGAGACCGGGGAAGCGGUGCGUGGACGGGGCGAGUAUGUCCAUCUGCGCUGUGUACCGUUUGACCGCAUCCCGCUGCACGUGCGAGGGGGCUGUGUGGUCCCUAUGCGGGUUGAGAGUGCGAAUACGACGACUGAGCUGCGCAAGAAGGCCUUCGAGUUAUUGGUGGCCCCCGGCUUGGACCGGACUGCGGCUGGGAUGUUGUAUGUUGAUGACGGUGUGUCGCUUACGGGCAGCGGCGACAGGCUGGGCUUACGCUUUCGCUAUGAUGGUGAUGCGGUAGGGAUAUCGCCAAUGGAAAAGUUCCAUGCUGAUGAGGAAGGAUUACCUGAUCGGAUGGAGAAGGCUGGGAUACGUAUCGCACGAACAACGAUCAUGGGCCAGGAAGUGAAAGGGGGUUUGAGUGGAGAUCAUCUCAGGCAAUGA